CGUAUGUAUGCCUGAGCAUGCGCGGACAAAGCAACACAUUUGCGCUAAUGUAAGCCCCUGACAAAACAAUUAGCUAAUGUAAUCGAGUUUGCUCACGAACAAAAGUUGGCCUGCUUAACUGGAAGUAGUACACAUCGACAAGGGACCGUGAACCUGCCAUGAUAUGCUGAGGUGGGGAGUCUGGGGACCUAUGCACUAUGGCAGAGUCACUUGCCAUCCAGGACCAUUCAACAGAAGCAGAACUAUGCACCAAUGAAAUAAAAGACAUUGAGUCCUUUGAGACUGAAGGAGCCAACCAGAGAUUGAAAGUCGACCACUUGCUUUUCACCAUUGAGAGACACCAAAAAUGUUACUUCUGGUUUUGUGAAGAGUGCAAAGAAUAUUUUAUUGAUGAAUGCCCCACACAUGGCCCUCCAGUUUUUGUGCCUGACACCCCUGUGCCAGUGGGCGUCCCAAACCGUGCCGCCCUUACUACCCCUAAUGGCAUUGAGGUCAUUCAGGAAGGCAGCGAGGUGGACGUAUGCUGCGUAGACAAAGACAUUCCCAGGGGGGCACUAUUCGGUCCUUACCAGGGUGAAGUGGUGUCACAGGACAAGUCCUCUGGUUUCUUCCCCGGGAUGUUGGUGGACAAAAACAACUCAUACAAAUCCAUUGAUGUUAGCGACGAAACCAAAGCCAACUGGAUGAGGUAUGUCCGAAAUUCUUCAGAGGACAUUGAGCGAAACCUGACAGCCUUCCAGCAUGGCGAGCACAUCUACUUCCAGGUGUGCCGUGACCUGUCAGUGGGAGAGAGGCUGCGGGUAUGGUACAGUGAUGACUACAUGGACCGAUUACACCGCAUGUCACAGGACACCAUCGGCAGCAACUUGGCCACAGUUGAAAAGGACUCACGAGUGUGGUCAAGCCCCUGGAAUGUUACAGCCCGGGACCGGGAGGCCACCCAGACCCUCAUCGAGCACUACGGGUCCCCAGAAAUCCAGAGCCUACUGAACAACCGGACAACCAGAACCAAGCAGAUCUUUGAGAUCAUUGCCAGUCGGAUGGAGGCACAGGGCUUCCUGAUCAGUGAGAACUCCUGGCAGGCUGGCAAGCGAUGCUUCCAAAAGUGGCGCAACAUGGAGCGCACGUACAAAGACUAUGUGCUGGCGUCCAAGAGGACUGACACUGGACGCAGGAAACAGCCCGAGUUCUAUGACCAGUUCCAUGCACUCAUGGGCCAGAGGCUGAGCUCCAAGCUGGCUGCUGCUGACACCCCAGCCAGGGUGUUGACCAAGCUGAAGCCUAAAGCUGUAGCACCAACUCCUAGCCUGCCCCUCUACGCUAUUGUAGUCCCAUCAAGCCAUCCAGUCAACCUCGAUAUACCCUCCACCUGCAGCCCAGAGGCAGAUAUUGGAGUCCAUGCAGGCACCACUGAGCCUGAACCGCUAGCCAGGAAGUCCAGGAGCGAACGGGUCCCACAUCCCAAGAUACUCCAGUCAAAUGCAGAGGAGGAGAGGGCAGAGAAUCAACUCCAAAAGGGGAGGAGGAGGUCCUGGCUUGGGGAUGACAGAGCUGCUGAGAACGGUGGGUCCCUGCCUGUGUGGUCGGAGCGGAAAAUGAUCAGUCAGGACAUUGAGGCAACGGAGGCUUUAGUAGAGCUGUACAGCUCUCCAGAGAUCCAGGGACUAAUCAGGGCGAACAAGACCCGAACCAAGAGGAUCUUUGAGAUCAUAGCUAGCAGGCUAAAGGAGCAAGGCUUCCCCAUCAGUGAUGUGCCUGAGCAGGCGGGGGAGCGAUGCUUCCAGAAAUGGCGGAACCUAUCGAGGGCGUACAAGGAGUACAUCCUCCACCCAGAGAAGGCUGACAUGGCAAAGCGGAAGCUUCCGGCCUACUUCAACAGGCUCCAGGACCUCAUAGGCCACCGGCUCAGCCUUCAACUAUCUGAAGACUCCCCCGAGCCUGAUGGCAGCAUGGGAGAUGCUGAGACAGAUGCAGGGGUUGAGGACAUAAGCCAGAAUCUGUUACACAUUGUGGAGGUGCCGGCGAGCCCCAUUGAAAUUGUCAGUCCCCCCUCCACUUCUGCCUCCUUCUCCUCCUCCCAUACAGGAAACCCCCUCCAUGUUGGACCCAGUGGGCGGAAGAGAAGGAGGAUGGCAAACAUAUUGGAUGUCUUUCAGGGUUACAGGGAGGAGGACAAACGAUUGCAAGAGGAGAGGGAAAGGAGGGCAGAGGAGCGGUUUAAUCAGCUGCGAAGCCUUCUGCAGCAACAGCACACAGAGACUAUGGCAGUGAUGAGAGAACUGAUCAAUUCCAUGAAGAUGAAAAAACAAUGAGAUAUACUGUGAAUACAGUUGAAGUCGGAAGUUUACAUAAACCUUAGCCAAAUACAUUUAAACUCAGUUUUUCACAAUUCCUGACAUUUAAUCCUAGUAAAA